AUGUCUGCCGAAGUCGAAGCCCUGCGAAGCCUUUCAGCUUUCCCUCGUCCCACUUCACUUUACGUUCCCGAUGUCCCUCGCUCCGUCCCCAUCCUCGAUCAGAACGGCUAUUCUCCCUUCCCAGCUUUCCCAGGAGGUCGUAACCGGGACCCAUACGGAUUGAAUGCUUUCCUUUUACAUCCCGACGAUUCACUGUGGAACUAUGUCGAUCCCAUGCCUGAUCCCAAAGCGGCAAAUGGACCGGGCGAUCUGCAGAGAUUGGCCAGUGUAGAUGGCGAACAGAGAUCUACAUUACCUAGAGCUAGGAGUGUAAGGAAACAGAGAUCGCUGAGCCUGAUCAAGAAACCCUCGCCACUCUCUCAGCCACCCAUCAGCAGCAGCGAAGAAGAUGAUGUUAUCGAUGAGAAACCUGUGACAUUACAGAGGAGAAGAAGCAAUAGCGUACCGACGAAAACAGUACUUUCGGUCGAGCAGGACGAAGCUAUUAUAAUGGCUCUGGAAGAAGAAGAGGCGAUGACGCCCAAGACACCCAAGUCCGGUAAGAAAUCGUUGAAGAGAGCUUUCACCAAAGCUCGUAAAUCCGUCUUUGGCAUGAAUGAGAUGGAUCCCACGAUACCGCCUGUCCCAGCUCUUCCUGAGCCACCCGCACUUCUCGCCCCUGCAAGAUCCGCUUCUUCAUCCGAGUCCCUCGAUCCUUCUACACCGAUGACCUCGAGGUCAAACUCGAAUUACAGCACAAUCAGCUCAGCGAGUUCAAGCAGUAGUUCCGAAGGGGUAAAAACUCCAGGAGAAGGAGUGUCGCUCGACGUAGCUAUAACAGGCUCAAAACUGGCCAACGCAUUGCAGGAAGCUGGUGAAAAGAAGAACAAAGGGAAAACUUGGAGAGGAUGGUUAGGAGGGAAGAAGAACGGUAAAUUAUCAUCCAAAGAUUCAGAUAACUCUGGGUCGAACACACCUCUUUCCGAUCUAUCUGCCGAAUCUACGCCUAAUUCCAGUACACUGGAUUUACCUUCGACUAUACCAAGAGUCACUCUUACUCCUUCACCUGCAAUUGUCACUCCCCCUCGAGGAUCCACUCCCCUUCUUCCACCUUCUGAACAACUCGCUCGACAACAUACUUGGGCGUCGGAACAGCUACGUCGAGUGUCCAUGCGAAAACUAUCCCAGCUUCGAUCACCUUCCCCUCAUCCUCUUGCUCUCUCUCUUCGAAGGCAAAACUCCAAACUCCCAGACGAAGUUGCAUUUUCAAUUCGAUCGGAUCAAAGAGUCUUCCCAAUGAGCGUCAACUCCCAUCAAGGUCUGGAAGGCGAUUUGACUCCUGCUCAAGGUGGACUAUGGUUGAACAUCGCCAUUACCAAAGUGAUGAUCAAGCUUGAUCGAGGUGAACAACCCGAGGGUAUAUUGAAAGUCAGGAAGAAUUCGAAGAAAUCGAUCGUCCCCAGACCGAAAGGUGCUUUGGAUUUCAUCAACAGGCCACCAUACGAAGAACGUAAUGUGGUCUUUUACCCUGAUAAUGUAUUCUCACCCAUAUCGAUGGCUAGACCAGGCUAUGGUGUUUGGGAUUUGGAUUUUUCACCUUACAUCUUAGGGUUAUCAGAAAUAUACGAACCUUCCACGCUAUCCUGGCCUACUCUACCUAGACUCUCGACUGAGAAUCCCAACCUUCCUACUGAAUUUGUAGAUGCGAUCAAGGCUUCCGAGACGAAUUCGGAUGAAGAGACAUUGGAGAUCCUCAAGUCACCCGAAUUGUUACAAGACGCUUCAAUGGCUCUCAAAGCUCUAACGGCAAAUGCUAAUUCCCCUUCACCAAUUGCUACGCCUAUCGCUACUCCUGUUAUCACUCCUGCUGGAUCACCCAAGAAGGAAAGACCUCUUUCAUCGUUCAAACCCAAAGGUCAACAUUCUCGAUCAAACGAUGGGCAUUCAUCCUCAUCAACCUCAUCGGGUUCGGAAUCGGAAUCGGAAAAUGAAAGUGAAGAUGAUGACGAGCCAUUGGCGGUAGUUGCUAAACGUCGGUCCCAAUCAUUCCAAUCUCAACCUCGUCCCGCUGCUCGUACUGCCCACUCAUCUAAUCCUCCUCUCACCCAAUCCCGACCUGCGACGCACGUCCGAUCACUCUCACAACCUGGUGACAAAAAGGCUGCUAAGCGAGUCUCGAUGUCUAUGGAAGCUGAGAUGAGAUGGAGAGAACUGCAAGCUCGGGAAGCUAUGAGUUCAGUGGUUCGAGCUAGGGAAUUGAGGGCGCAGAACGAAGCCGGGCAGAUGGAGAGACAAGCUGAUAAAGAUAGGAUCAAGGAGAAGGAAGCUAAGAGGAGAUCCUCAAUGAUGGACUUGAAAGAUACUUUACUACCUACUACUUCAUCGACAUCGAAUAAUAAUCAUAAGAGGAAUUCAUCGGCAUCUUUUGGUAUGACAACUUCGAAAAAUCACGGAUAUCACUUGUCCCCUGUCCCAGUUCCUGCGGUCACCGACGUGAACAGACGUAGAGUUCAUUCGCAUAACCCUCAAAACCGUCUUCAAGCUCCAGUUCCCAGCAGACCGGACAGCAAUCGAACGAGAUCUUCAGGGAACGUUCAAGGUGGUAGUGAAAGGAAAAGAUUCUCCUCCUUUUACGAACAAAAAUCAAAUUCUACUACUUCUUUCCAUUCUCAUUCCAACCCUCAUCAACACUUUGUUCAUCAACAUCAACAGAUGGUCUUGCCCAUGGGUUAUGCUCAUCCUCAGAUGAAUAUGAACGUGCAAGGAGGAUCCAUGUAUGGUAUGGGUAUGUACCCUCAUCCUCAUGCCGCUCAGCAAUUCCAUGGCCAAAGUAUGAGGACUUCUCCAGGUAGACCAAGGAUGGCUUAG